UUCGAGGCUGGCGAUCGGCUAAGCUCCCACCUUAGAGCUGCUGCAGCCGCCCAGCCCCGCGCCCUCCGGAGACCGGGACGGACCAUGAUGUGGACACGCUGGCUCGCUCUCGCGCUGGUGGCGGUCGCCUGGGUCCACGCCGAGGAAGAACUAAGGAGCAAAUCCAAGAUCUGCGCCAAUGUGUUUUGUGGAGCCGGCCGGGAAUGUGCAGUGACUGAGAAGGGAGAGCCCACCUGCCUCUGCAUUGAGCAAUGCAAACCUCACAAGAGGCCUGUGUGUGGCAGCAAUGGCAAGACCUACCUCAACCACUGUGAGCUGCAUCGAGAUGCCUGCCUCACUGGAUCCAAAAUCCAGGUCGACUACGAUGGACACUGCAAAGAGAAGAAAUCUAUCAGUCCAUCUGCCAGCCCAGUCGUUUGCUAUCAGUCCAACCGCGACGAGCUCCGGCGUCGUAUCAUUCAGUGGCUGGAAGCAGAGAUCAUUCCAGACAGCUGGUUCUCUAAAGGCAGCAACUACAGUGAAAUCCUGGACAAGUACUUUAAGAACUUCGAUAAUGGUGACUCUCGCUUGGACUCCAGUGAAUUCCUGAAAUUUGUGGAGCAGAAUGAAACCGCCAUCAACAUCACCACCUAUGCAGACCAGGAGAACAACAAGCUGCUUAGAGGACUCUGUGUUGAUGCUCUCAUUGAACUGUCUGAUGAAAAUGCUGACUGGAAACUCAGCUUCCAAGAGUUCCUCAAGUGCCUCAACCCGUCCUUCAACCCCCCCGAGAAGAAGUGUGCCCUGGAGGAUGAAAUGUACGCAGAUGGAGCCGAGACGGAGGUGGACUGUAACCGCUGUGUCUGUGCCUGUGGAAACUGGGUCUGCACAGCCAUGACCUGUGACGGAAAGAAUCAGAAAGGGGCCCAGACCCAGACAGGGGAGGAGAUGACCAGAUACGUCCAGGAGCUCCAAAAGCACCAGGAAACAGCUGAAAAGACCAAGAGAGUGAGCACCAAAGAGAUCUAGUGAGGAGGCAGCUGGGAACGGUGUCCAGAGCCCGGCACCUUCUCCUCCACUUCAGCGCUGAGUCCAGUAUACACAAGUGUCUGCUACAAUCGCCAAAUCACCAGUAUUUGCCUGUAUAGCAACAAGUUUUAUUUUGUCUAUUUGUUUUGCAAUAAAGGAACAGGGAGUGGUGGCUAGGAGGGGAAGGGCCAUAGCCUUCAUUUCUGGGAGUGAUUUGAGAGAAACUAUUCAUGGGACUUGGGGGCUGGAGGCAAGUAAGGAAACUGCAUCAGGGCCGGGAGAGGAGUGGACCCAGGUCUGAACCACUUCUGUGUCUGCCACAGCUAUAAACACGCUGCAGGGAGAGCAAGCAGUGCCAGAGAGAAUCUAGCAGACUAUCCCUAGAGGAGGGGUGUGGGAAGCUCGCGGAGAAGAACACAUUCUGCUUCCAGCCCUUUCUGCUGCCGUCUGCAUAACAGACUCCAGCAUCUUUGCGUCUCCUCGUGGCCCCACCCCCUGCCUCUAGAUACGCAGCUGUCUUGCUCGUUCCCCAGCAUCACUCAGACUUGAUGGAGUUUCUGGGAGGGUGCACCCAAAUGAUGCAGAUACUUGUGUAUGUUCAGCCCCUUAGAGACCUAAACAAUUUUUUUUAAAUACUUUUUACCAAAGGUGCUAUUUUUCUGUAAAACUUUUUUUGGCAUGUUGACUUCAUCUUCAAAUUAUUAUCAUAUUAUUGUUGUUAUUUUUAAUAUUUUAUUUUCUUGACUAGAAAUUAAGCUUUUGUAAUUAUUUUCCAGUAGUCCUACCAUUUCAGAGGUGAGGGAGUUUGGGGUUCUUCCUGUUGCGGGGACCGCUAUAACCCAGACUUCCCACCCUGCCAUAUACUAGCUACAGCCCAGAGUUUGCCCCCCACUCCCGGCUUCCAGGGGAUCAGCAGGCUGCCAGAGAAGAGAAGCAUCUCCAUACAAAGCUUUCAAGAUCCAAAGGCUAAUUUGUUCUGUUAUUCUAAAUUCAUGAACAUCAGUAUUUCAAAGGAUGGAGACAAGUGUAGCCAAGUAAGGCUUGGAUAUCCCAGCCUAUCGGCGUGCUCCUUGAUCCACCACUAACUAGGAGAGUGACUUUGGCCCUGGCCUUUCCUAUUUCGGGGCCUCAGUUUCCUCAGUGAGCAGGUAGGAAUGCAUUAACCUUUCGAUUUCAUAAAUUAUAAAGUCUGGUUCCAAUCAUUGGUCUAGAGGAGACAGGUUCCUGUGACUGCCAUUCAAGUUCUUCUUAGGAUAAAUGGAAACUUGUUAUAAGAAAAAGAUACAGCCAAAAACAAGAUGACCAAAUUUGACCUCAGCCUGAACGGCCCCUCCGGUUGUGUGGCGGCAGAGCGCUCUGGGGUAAACCCUGCCCUGGGAGCGUGGGGAGGAGAACCACGCCACUUUGUCUUCACUCUUGCAUUUCCUCUUUAACCUUCUUGGAAACAGAAAGGGCUGUCCAUUUAGAGAUGAGGACACAAGGAGAUGUCACAUUUUAAGAGGGGGGAAAAGUGGAAAUUUGAUCUUAAAAUUGUGAUUGGUGAGAUGUCCUUCCUGUGUCUUUUGGCCUGUGUAUUUACUAACCCCACUCAAUACCACAUUGAACAUGCAUGUGGAAUAACAAAGAUGAAAAACUCGACAUCUCAUUUUCCGAAGGCAGAUGACAGAGCGCCAGAGGGCAGUUAUGUAGACUGUACUGCACAGGCAACUGAGAAACUUGUACUGAAAAUGGAACUUCUUCUGAACAACUUUCUUUAUUCUCCUUUGAAAGGAGAACAUUCCACUUGGGUAGAAUUCUAAGCUUUAUCUACAUCCCACUUAAAAGCUCCCUUCGAACCCUACUUGUGAAAUGCACCUCCUGUCCAGUGCCUUGGAAGACCCCCAGAAGCACGGCUUGAGCGAGUCUGCCAGCACUUGGACACGGAGUGAGAACUGGAAUACCAGUUUGUUUACAGCAAGAAACCAGAGUGUCUCCUCACCAGUAACAUUUAGGACAGUGGUUGCCAUCCAAGACUUACCCUACCCUGCAACUUAGAAUUCCCAAGAGUCAGUGUGCAUUCCCCCUGUAAAUAGGGAAGCUAUUGUCUGCACCACAGAAUCACUCGAUCUGGUGACCUUUCAAAGAAAGCUGCUAACUAGCCUAUUUUGGGGAGUCUUGCAUGGAGCAAAUAAACAGGAUUAAAUUGGGUUCAUUUCUUCCAGCUCUCUAAAAGCACAGGGCUUAGUCUGCAAGCUUCCUUGGGCUUUCUCUGUGUGUGUAUGGUUUUAUAAACAUUAAUUACAGCUUCUGUUAAGAUCCAGUGUCCAUGGAAACCUCACAUUCCAGGACUCUGGACUCCAUCACUGUUUUUGGAAAGCAAGGCUCUUCCACCUGCCAAUAAGUCCAUGUGAACCAGUCUGAAUGUCUUUCCUUUACACUUAUGUUUUUAAAUAGUCAAAUUUCAAGAAGCAAUUUGAACAGGUUUCUGUUGCCUAUGUGUUUGUGAAAUGUAUUUGCAUUUAGUAGGCUUCCAUAUUGCAUUUAACGUGUUUUUGUAACU